GCGAAACGCACGCUGUGUAAAUGCGGCCUUGUUGUUUUUAAAUUUUUUAUUUCAAAUAUCUGUUAAAACAUGAGUUCAACAGGCGAGGAGCCCAUAGUGUGUCUUCCGGGAGAGCGGCUUUGUAGAAUUGAAGAUAACAUAGUCCUGGGUAUAGGGACGUACGAACAGAAUGGAUAUAUUUAUGCCUCCAAAUCGGGAAUUGUAAACAUCGAGGAAUCGGGAGAAAAUUGUCAGGUGGUGAACGUACACAAACCUGGCUUCCAUCUAACAAUACCAACCACCGGCGAUAUAGUUACUGCUCGCGUCCUAGUUACCACUCCGAAAUUCGUCAAGUGUGCAAUUUUCUGUGUGCGGAACGUACUUUUGGAAAACAGCUACCGUGGUCUCCUACGAAAGGAGGAUGUUCGGGAAACGGAGAAGGACCGUGUCGACAUAUAUAAAUCAUUCAAGCCAGGCGAUGUGAUCCUAGCACGUGUCAUCAACCAAAUGGAACAAUCGUUUCUUCUGACCACGGCCGAGAAUGAACUGGGGGUGGUAAUCGCCUACGCCAGCGAUGUCCGUAAGACCCGAGUUCCUAUGGUUCCCGUGGGAUGGAGCGAGAUGCAGUGCCCACUGACCACAAUCAAAGAGUCCCGAAAAGUGGCUAAAGUGCUGCCGGAAAGCUCAAUAAAUACAUAAAUUAAUGUGAACAAAAAAAAA